AAAAAAUCUUAGAGAGAGAGACAGAGAGACUGAUAGAGAGAUGAAGAAAACUCUGAAGCUGAAGUGAGUAGACAUAUGCCCGCAUACCGCUCAAAUCCGAGUAGAGCAAGAGAACCCAGCAAAUCUAGUGGAAAUGGCAAGCUAUCUGUGGAGGAAAUACGCAGACUAUGUGUACACAAAGUGGGAAAGGACGAUACUUUGGGACAUGAUUGAUCCGUACAGGCGACCCAAAUCGUUUAAACCUCUGGUCACAAUCUAUAUUGCUGCUUUCUAUACUGGGGUCAUUGGUUCUGCUAUCACCGAGCAACUCUACAAGGAGAAGUAUUGGGAAGAUCAUCCUGGGGAAGCUGUCCCUCUAAUGACGCCAAAGUUCUAUGGUGGACCUUGGAAGAUAUUGAAGGGCGAGGCCAUUAAACCCAAUCAGUGAAAGGCACAACUGCAGUUGGGGAACAGUGUCAGAGUUGCUGCCAAUUUUGCUUUUUUAUUUUAUUGUACAAAUGAUAAGGUUUGAUGGGUGUAUAAGAAUUUGCUGUUGCUUGAGAAAAAAAUUGAAGAAAAUCCUAAAUGUGAUGAUGCUUUUUAUUGAGAAACUAUUAUGUUGGGAGUUUCUACCAUUUCACUUUGCUCCCGACUGGUAUAGUUAUUUGUGAUUUAUAUUAAACCCCAAAAUUGCCUUUCCUUCUUCUUCAA